CAUGCGCACACGGUUAUGCUAAUGUGUAGAAACAAUAACUAUAUCGACAUGUUUCACAUCUAAUUCUGUGUAUAAUGAAUAUUUUAUUUGAGAACUGAGAACAUAUAUUGAUUGAUUAAAUCUAGAUUUACAUAUUAAAUAUGUUUGUUAUAAAAUAGGUAAAUUGUGAGUUAAUUAGGUUCAGCGUUAUUGGUUUCCUCUUUGGCAAUUUUACAGUAUGUUUUGACAGCUAGUGUAAACCAUAACAGCAUCAAGUCUGUGGUUGAAAUAAUAUAAAGGGGGGCUCAUGUCCCUGCCUAGCGAGCCACGAUCCCCUGGGCCUGGGUCUCCAAAGCCAUAUGAUUGCCUGCUUAAGUUCCUUCUUGUCGGUGACAGCGAUGUCGGGAAAGAGGAGCUGCUGAGUGGGAUGGACAACGGGUCUUCAGAAUCUCCAUACACCGCUUCCAGUUGUGGUAUUGAGUACAAGACGACUACAAUAUUAUUGGAUGGAAGGAGAGUGAAAUUGAUGUUAUGGGUGACUUCCGGUCAGGGCAGGUUCAGCACAAUCUUCAGGUCCUACUCACGAGGGGCGCAGGGUAUUCUUCUAGUCUAUGAUAUAACAAACAAGUGGUCUUUUGACAACAUAAACAGGUGGAUCAAGGAAAUUGAUGAGCAUGCCCCUGGUGUGCCAAAGAUCCUGGUUGGGAACCGGUUGCACCUUGCGUACAAACGGCAGGUGAGCGAGGGGGAGGCCGAGUUGUACGCUGUCAAGAAUGAAAUGGCCUUCUUUGAGGUCAGUCCCCUCUGUGACUUUAAUGUCACUGAGUCCUUCGCUGAACUGUCUCGGGUGGCCAUCAAGCGGAACGGAAUGACAAGGUCAUGGGGAGGCCAUAAAGCCCUUAGUCUGCAAGAGCUGUGUUGUCGGACGAUUGUGUCAAGUACCACUAUUUACGGAAUAGACCAGUUACCCUUACCACAGACUCUCAAGAAUCAUCUCAAAUCUUACGCCCUCACAAACAAGACUCGUGCCAGAAUGCUCAGUUUCAUUCACAGAGACACCAAGGAUAAACACAAGAAGGUGAAAUAUCUCAACCCGACUGACUCACCGCCAGCCCACUGCAGAAAGAGUUGUGUGAUUACCUAGUUGUUGCUUCAAUCUGCGAUAAGCGUUCUCUGCCAUUGUGGAAUCAUGUGUUGAAAUCUCCCUUAAAAAUCUUCUCUUGUUAUUAUUUUAUAUAUUUAUUAUUUUUGUAUUUAAAACAUACCAAAUUUUUUGUGCAUAUAAUGUGAUUUGAUUUCGUACGUCUUAAUGUGAAAUCGAGAUGAGUAACUCGUACAUAAGACAAGUUUAUAGCUUGGUUAUUCAAAGAAUAAGGAGAGCUCUUCUACUCUCCCAGGUGUGGAGGUUACACCUGGGUUAAAGUUUUGCUACAAAAUACUGUCCAGGCCAUAUCUUGGUAACCACUUGACUAUAAGAUUGAUGCUUUUUAGAUGGUUUCCCAGUCAUCACACAUUCAAUAAUCAAGGAAGACAACUCUUAGUAAGAUGUUUGUUUGGGUAGUUUGUGGAAUCAAAAUGUUUGUAAAUUGAUACAAAUGAGAGAAAAUAAGCAUAUUUAAUCAAAUGCUUGAUUUCUGAUAUCCAUGGCAACACUGUGUACUUGACUCCAGUCAUCUCAACAUUGGUAGAGCACUAUCCACUAAAUGAAUUUGAAAGCCUUUAAGUCAACAGACCUUCUAAACUAUUAAAAGCAAGUUUGGUGACUUUCUCAUAAAUUGUUGCAAAGUAUGGCCCUUGUUCAUUUUGUUUUGCAUUUAAUUCAAACAGAUCCACAUCUCACCAACUGCUGCAUGUUUUGGAAAAUUCACAAACAAUUUUGCAGUUAUCCAUAGUCGAGCACUUUGUCUAUGGACAGCUCUUGUUCCAUGAAUUGCUCAUAAAUCUACCAGUAUAUGUCAAACAAUUAAUUGUUUUUCAGGGAGUGGUGACUGUAAUCUUUGGAACAUAUCAAAUUUUCUAAAUAAAACAACGCUGGUUAGGCAAAACAAACAAAAUAACAAUUGAAAAAGUAGAAAUGUCAAUGGUCUUAAUCGUUUCUGCAUGGUUUGUAAAAUCAGGCCAUGUAAAAAAAAUGUGAAGUGAAAUUUGAAAGUUCAGAUAAAUCUUAAGGUUCAUGAACAAUGCAGUACUGUAACAGGAAGUGUUGAAGAACAAAAUUGCUAUUGAUCCUAUUUUGGUGCAGUGAGAGUAUAUACCGUAACAUAUUUUUGAUGUAUCAAGGCUUUGUGUGUGCAACGUGCAAGUGUCAUACAUGAUACUCGUCUUAAUUUAAUAUCCAAGACUUUGGGGCUUUCAUCAUGAUCAUGGCAUUAUCUUAGGGAUACUUGUCAUGUUUGGUGAAUCAUAAUUCAACCAGUUUAUAGCACCAUAUUCCUGCUUUUUCAACCUUUGCAAACACCUUCUGAAAGCCUUGAAAUCUUUACGCAUAAUAUACAUGUGGGCAAUUAUUUUCAAUUUACUGCUUGGCAUUUUAUUGAUUUCGAGUUUAAAUAAUUUGUAAGGUGUACUUUAGUUGUAAAUACUUAUUGUUGUUUAGUCCGUAAUAAUACCUGUAGGUGCUGUUUGUAUAUUCUCUGUUCUUAUGGUUCAAUUUCCCAAAAGUGCUGGUUUGAAAUGCUGCCGCAUUGUCUCAAACCACUCACUGAUUACAUUUAGAUGGUGCUAAUAUAAAGUUUAAGAUCAAAUACUGGAUUAUAAAAGGAUGAUUAUUCACACAUUUUAUAAUGAAUUUGACAUGAAAGAAAGGUUUGAGAAAACAGCACUUGCUUAAAAUGGCCUAACUUGUAUUAGUUUGUGUGCAUUCUUGUAUGAUGCUGGUGAUUUUUUCAAAGUUUGACAACAAAUGGGUCCAUCCUGAUUGAUAGUUUCACUCCUUAAUAUUAAAACCGUUUAACAUUUUUCAAACAUAAGCCGUAUACCAUCUAUUAUGGUGAAUUUGAUCAUAACUUUUGUAAAAAGUAUUAUGAGUUUUCUUUCAGAUAUUUUUAUUAAGCAAAUAGUAGACUGUAACCAUAUACAUACUUCACUCUGAAAAGUUAUUUGUUAAACUGAAUUAGAGAUUGUGUUGCUUCAUCUAUAGUGCUUUGACUUGUAUCCAGAUUGACUAUUCUACAUUUAGUGCUCUGUAUUUGCCAUACACACAUUUGUUUGAAAUUUCUUUUGCAUUUUAGUUUUUUUCUGAGAGUUUCACAUGGGAUUGCUUACAGUAGACAACAUGAAAAUGAAGGAUUUAAUUGGGAACAUGUCACAGGUAAACUGCGAGUUACCUGAAACACUAGUAGAAGGCAGGAUAUAUUCUCAAAGACAAGCCAUAUUAAUGUUAAAACAGAUAUAGUCUGGUCUAUAUAAAGACUGGUGUAUUUGUCUGUGAUUUCAGAUAGAAGUUAAAUCAUUUUCUGUGAAGAUUAACAAAAUUCUGUUUGUGCCAAAAACGUUUUCCCUUACAAUUGGUAUAUGAAGUUAAGUCCACAGCCUUUCAGUAGAUGGAUGUGUUACAUUGGUCUGCUUGUCAGUGCAAGCACAGGGUGACAGUAGUCUUGUGAUAUAGGUGUGCACCUCUUACCUAAGAGGUUGCGGGUCCAAGCCAUAUCGGGGGAUUGUUCUCUUGGUCUCUAAAAUAGGACACCAGUACCCAGAAAAUGGACUCUAGAGUGAUUCAUUAUCAUUUUUCAGCUGUCAUCAUGUUGGAGCUAAUGGCUAUUCCAAAAAAACAUAUAACCCAUGGGGGGAAGGCAAUUAUUUAAAUAGUAUAUGGGUGGGGAUUUUUUUCCUCGUAUUUGGACCCCGAAAGGGUAAAUUUUCUUCUGUAGGGGGGUGGUAUAGUUUAAAAGUUUCUUCGCCCGGGGGUUAUAUGUUAAAAUGGAAUAGCCCUAAUAUAAAUUAGUAUGAACUAACCAGCCCGAAUCUCAUGGAUCUCAGAUGCAUUUAGAGUUAACAUUGCCUCCUAAUUGAAUUGUCAUGAUGUUGAUUGUAUGCUAUUGUGUAUAGAAUGCUCAUAAUGUUUCAUUAUUCUGAAUAUGUCUGGCUACCUAGCAUUUACAUUUGUUAGAACAUUUCUGCCUUGCAUUAUAAGUUACAGUCUUUAUCAAAUUUUGUAAAAAAAUGCAGCUAAUAUAUUUGUUGAAAUCAUUGUUUUCAAAAUUUGUGGAUAGAAGAAAAACCAAUGAAUCAAAAUUAUACAAUGGCAUAGUGGUGACAUGUGUGAGUUUUUAUUUAUCUCUACAUCUUGCAAUCUCAUUCCGAUGACUAAGUAUGUCGCGGCCACGACAAAAAGAUAACAAAGUCAUGGUAACAAAAAGCAAGUUGUGGACAUGAGAUUCAAAAAAUCCACUUGCCACCUUUAUAAUUAUACUGCAAAAAAUUAAAACCGGUAAAUGAUUUUAUUAUCAUACAUUCAAUUUUGGAAUGAACUGUUUUCAACAUUGACUGGAUUAUUACUUCUGGGUGUAUUUAAAAUUUCAUUCAUUUCAUGAAUUUCAUCCUGAUGCAUAAGUAUUUUUUUUUAGAUCAAGGCAUAUGGGAACAAUCAUCAACACAGAUGGUAGUGAGAAUACUUGCUCUUCUUUAAUCACAAACUAAUUUACAAUGCUACCAUAUCGUACACUAUCAAAUAAUAGAUGAUAAUAAUUUCCUGAAUUUAACAUAAACAUAUUAAUUAUUGGCUGAUAAAUGUUGUUCCUGUAUACACCUAUUUCAAUAUUGAAUAGUUGUUAUUAAUGUAUAUAGUUAUUUGUAAAUAUUGUUUGUUGUUUUUGUGAUACUUUUUUGCCAGCAUCAAAAGAUGAAAUAAAAUUUUGUAAAAUGA